GGGGAAUGGGGAGAGAGAGAGAGAGGGGAAAAGCUAGUUGAUAGCAGAACACAACACGCCCGGUUGGUGUGUUUGAACAGCUUAAGCAAAGGAAGCUUGCACCUAGAGAGAAUGGGGUUUUUGUAGCUUUGGAUUCGUGUGCGCCUAAUAGUAUGCAAUACGCGGUUAUUAUCGUGCUUGUUAAGCAUACUUUCGCAAUCCCUCGGUUUUAGCUGGAUUUUGUGUGUGUGUGUGUGUGUGUUAUGGCACAAAAUAGUAACAUUGUGGUUUACUGGAUUCAAUGAAGAAAAAAGAAGCAAAACCCAGCUCUACCCUCUACAAAGCUGACACUUCCGACCGGAAUUCGUACGGGUCCGGAUGUAGUAGCGGGAAGCUCGCACACACCUUAAGCAAAUUACUAUCCUCGAGGCAGUGAGCAAAGGGAAGCCAAGCAACAAAAAAAAAAAAACACACAGCUGCCCCACAGUUUUGAACAAAAAGGACACGAGAAACUGCUUCAGGCAGCCGUUUCCCUCCUGCCAGUUUGCGACCGCGACCGGGACGGGGUGAAAACAGCGUGGUGGCUCUCGCGUAAGCUGUGUGGCGCAUGCGAGAACGAGCGCACGGGCGUGUGUUCUUCGCUGUGCGGAUGCUGAGGAUGGUUGGGCUUGUGCGACUGGCCCGUCCCGUCGAUGGCGAUGAAGCCAUCUGUUUCGGAUAACGGAUGGUUCGCUCUCCGGGAUGGUUGGCUCUCGCCGACGCCAGUGCAUCUCGCUCUAGCGGGCCAUGCGAACGGAACGGUGCCAGCCGAAAGCCGCCAGCAAAAUGGGGGAGAACAGAACAGGAUCUCAGCUGCCCGCCCUGCCCUGUUCGCACCAAUGCUCCCCGGGUACGGAGUCGCUGAAAAGUUCUCUGCCUUUCUUUUCGCCCUUUUUGCUACAUGCAUAGUCUGCUCCCGCUCAGGCCCGCUCGCGAAGCUCGCAUCCAGCAGCAUCCAAAGCUCCCGAGCGAUCCUUGUCAUUCCUGUGCCCUGCUGUAUCGUUGUGUAUUGUGCGCUGUGGGAAGAUUUUUGUUGUGGUUGCUGCUGCUGCUGCUGCUGCUGCUGCUGCUGCUACUGCUUGGUCCGUUUCGCUUGCAGGCUCAGCUUCCUCCCAUUCAGCGGUGAAGCGCGAGGUACCAAGAACUCAAGCUCAGAUACUGUUUCGCGUUAUCGCACGAGUGAUGUGCAGUCGCACGGCGGAUGCUGAUCACGCACCGAGGGGAACGAACCAAACAACAACAACAGCAAAAAUGCUGCUCUGUGCUCUGUGGCCCAGUGUUCAUUAGUGCGUGCAGCGUAAGUGGCCGUGCCGUCCCACUAGCUUGCAGCCGUUCCAGCGAGCCCGCCAGACCGCCGUUCCUGCCAAAUAGGUGGCCACAACCACAACAACAACGACAACUACAAAAAGAACAACGCUAGCCCAUUGCCCGCCUGCCGUUCGAGUGGUCAGCCAGCCAAGCCCAGCCCAACAUCCGCAUCCCAGCACAGCACCGGAUGUGCCUCUGCCGAAGCGUCCCUGCCCGCCCGCUCUACGCUGACAAGUGAAUUUCCUUGCGAAUAACCAAACCGGAUGACUGCUCCACGAUUCUAGAGAUCUACUGCCAGCCAGCGAUGCACUAACGCUGGGAUGUGUUGAAGAUGCCACUACAGGUGAAGCUCUAGCACGAUCACGCUUAUGACACCAAACACGUGACGACCAGGCAGGUGUGUUUGUGUGUGUGUGUGUGUGUGUGUUCGCGCCGAGCGUGUCUGUAUGUGUGGGUGGGUGAGGGUGUUUGUGUGGCUGUAUUUGUUUAGUGGAUAGGCAACGAUCGGACGGGGUUGGACGCCUCAGAGCUUUGGAAUUUCAGCAACCGAAACAAAAACGAAAAACAAAAAAUCAAAAACCUAUCAUACGGACACUAGUAGCCAAAGCUAGCAGGGCAGAACGGUAGCACCACGCGUCAAUCAACCAUUCAAACAUGUGGCAAAUUCUGAUACUUUGCUUCCUCAACUCAGUACAACUCAACAAUGCGUUGCGAAGCGUGCACCAGAGAUCGAUGGCGGCUGGCCGUCUGGAGAAUGUAACACAGACAAUAUCGCGUAUACUGGAGGGUUAUGACAUUCGACUAAGACCAAACUUUGGUGGGGAACCAUUACACGUGGGGAUGGACCUCACGAUAGCGAGCUUUGAUGCAAUCUCGGAAGUGAAUAUGGAUUACACUAUCACUAUGUACCUAAACCAGUACUGGAAGGACGAGCGGCUGGCAUUUAACGCGUUCGCCCUGUGGGGAGACAAUCAGAAGGAUCAAACCGGCGAGAUCAUGAUAGAGGACGACGGGGCGAACGAUGUGAUUACGCUGUCGGGCGACUUUGCGGAAAAGAUCUGGGUACCGGACACGUUCUUCGCCAACGACAAGAACAGCUUCCUGCACGACGUGACCGAGCGGAACAAGCUGGUCCGGCUGGCGGGUGACGGUGCGGUCACGUACGGCAUGCGCUUCACCACGACGCUCGCCUGCAUGAUGGACCUGCACUACUAUCCGCUCGACUCGCAGAACUGCACGGUGGAGAUCGAAAGCUAUGGCUAUACCGUGUCGGACGUGGUGAUGUACUGGCGAUCGACCCCGAUCCGUGGGGUGGAGGAAGCAGAGCUGCCACAGUUCACCAUCAUCGGCUACGAGACGAACGAUCGGAAGGAAAAGCUAGCCACCGGCAUUUACCAGCGACUGUCCCUGUCCUUCAAGCUGCAGCGCAACAUCGGCUACUUCGUGUUCCAAACCUAUCUGCCCAGCAUACUGAUCGUGAUGCUGUCCUGGGUGUCGUUCUGGAUCAACCACGAGGCGACGUCGGCCCGCGUGGCGCUCGGCAUCACGACCGUGCUGACGAUGACAACCAUCAGCACGGGCGUGCGCAGCUCGCUGCCCCGCAUCUCCUACGUCAAGGCGAUCGACAUCUAUCUGGUAAUGUGCUUCGUGUUCGUGUUUGCCGCACUGCUGGAAUACGCCGCCGUCAACUAUACCUACUGGGGGGCGCGCGCCAAGAAGAAGAGCAAAAAGAACAAGGAAGCCGAGCGAAAGGUGUUCGGUAAGACGGAAAAGACCUCGACCUGCUCGGCAGACGACAUCAUCGAACUGCAGGACAUCCGCAUGAGUCCGAUCGCGUCGCUGCGCAACCGCCACUACUCGAACACGAUCACCACGACCGACAGUGUCGACUCGGCCAAGUUCCCACCGAGCUUCCGCAUCGCCCGUUCGUAUGGGUCGAGCAACCGCAGCGGCCUCCGGUACCGCAGCUCGAGAGGCCAGGGCCGCCCGAAGAUGCUGCACGCGAUCAAGCGGGGCGCCUCGGUCAUCAAGGCGUCCAUACCGAAGAUCAAGGACGUGAACGUGAUCGACAAGUACUCGCGGGUCAUCUUUCCCGUGAGCUUCGCUGCCUUUAACGCCGGCUACUGGAUAUUCUACGUGCUCGAGUGACCCACAGUCAACUAAGAGCGCAGCCGGCACUUACUAGCAGCAGUAGUGAACCAUACGCUCUGUAGACCAUUCCGCGUACGAAAUUCCCCCUUUCCCCCUCCCAAUAAUUCACCUUCCUCCCAUGAGAAUCGGGCCGAUUUAUGCACGCCCCGUGCAGGCGAUCAAACGACCGGAACCGGCGAAGCGAGCGACUGCGCCGAGUGGCAAACGACAACAAAUGUAUCGCACUCGUGCAGGAGAGGAUGGAUAGAGCAGACGGAUCAGGUCCUCCCUUUUUUGUGUUUUAAAGCCCUCCCUUGCCCCUCCUGCUCCAGCUCAUCCUACUCUGCAUCUGGCUCUUGCCCGUUUCGGCUCAAACUCUUAUCUAUUCGAUGUGCAGGGAUCAGCGUAUGCGACAGCAAAACUAAACCAAACGACUUAUAUCAUUGAUGACGACAUGGAUCGAGAAAGCGUAGCAGAUGAGUUUCGCGCUUGAUUGGCAGCGGGCGAUGAGCAACCACACGUGGUUGAUAAACAAGCAAAAGUGGAAAUAAAAACCAACAAACCCAACAAAAACAACAGCAAAACGGUAUAGGCAAAAUUAGGGCUUGACGAAUUUGUAAAAAUAACCACAGAUAAUCAAAGAUGCAGUCAUAUUAUUUUUCCGAAACACACCAACACACAGAAGUAAAGAUAAUUACACUACAAAGAAAAAAAAAAUUAAAAAGGCU